AUAUAGAUCAACCUAAUGCAAUUCAGGCGCACUUCAACGCCAUCCUGUCAUAUCAAUACCGAGCCACAGGGCGGAGACUCUACACAAGAAAUCCUCUUGUACGUCCCUCCCAAAAAGGCGGGGCGUCAGAUGAAUCGAGAAAAUGUCAACAACAUGCCGGAGACUUCCAGAGAAACAGAAACUGAAGCAGGAGAGAGGGAGAGACAACAAAGAGAGCGAGGAAACCAGUCGUCUCAGAACGUCGUGUCUGUAAUAUCACAGUUUGCAGAUGACAAUUUAACACUUGUGCGGAACAUCAGCACUGGCCUGGCGAUCGCUGGUGUUGUCCUAAUAGCAAGGAGUAUCAAACUGAUCACCAAAUUUCAAACUGUGUCUGAGAUCCCCGCUCGCUUCAUUGAGAGGAACGUCAGCCUUCGUGGGAAAGUUCUUGCGAUCACAGAGAAAGGACUUGAAGUGGAGCACGUACCGAUUUAUCUGCCAGUCCUCUCGCCAUUACUGUCAAAGCACAAGGAUGUGUCCACAUCUCCAUUGCUGGUGCAUCUUGCAGGAGUGGAGCUGACACCAGAGGGGAGGGUAUGGCUGCAGAAGAACCUGGCUCCUGCCCAAACAGUGUGGCUGAAGCUGGUCACACGUGAUGACGACAUACUACACUGUUUGGUGUCUCAAAGCAGGCAGGGGUUGCUGUGGAGCUACUAUAUUAACGAAGAGGUCCUCAUGCUCGGUCUGGCUCGCACUGCGCCCGUCGCGGUCCUGCUGGACUCUCGCUUCUACUGGCGUCUCCACAAACGGCUGCACAGGGCAGAGGUCAAAGCUGAGAGGAAGGGGAGGGGUCUGUGGAAGGAGGACAGCCUAUGGGAAAGAGCCUCCAAGGCCAUCAGAGACAGUGCUUUAUGCAGACUUAUGAGGAGGAUCUUUAAAAGGAUGUGACUGAUUGAUUCAAGGCAGUAUACACAAAAAGUUUGUUGUCAAUCAAAAAAUGACAUCAGUCCUCAUAAUUUAUGGAAGUAUAUUUAUUUUAUUGAAUGGAGUCCCUGUACUGUACACAUGUCUGGUGUAAAACAGGAAGUUAGAAAGUUUUUUGUAGGCUGAAAAACUGUCCCAUCCUUCACUCAACUGUCUGCUGGGACCAAUAGGCUUUUCAGGCAAUGAAAACAUUUUAAUUUGCCUAAUGUUACUUUACAUUCCUUAGGACACCUGUAUCAUUUGACUGUGUUUUCCAGUCUUUCGAGGUUUUAUAAAAAAUGUGUUAUUUGAAACCCUGUCUCAAACCCUGAUAAUAAUCCCUCAGCUUUCAAUUACCCCAUUAACCCACAACUAAGCACAGCCUCCUCUGUUGGUGUGUGUAUAUGUGUGUGUGUGUGUAUGUGUGUAUGUGAGACACCCCACUAAACACAAGAUGGGGCGGGGUAUGUUAAUGGAGUUCAAAAUGGAGAGGGAGGUCCACUUGUCCACUCUCUGAAAUCACUGUUGCUAUAGAAACACCAAAGCGAUCCAAAGGGGUAAACUCUAUACUGGCCUCCCCAAACCCCAUGGGAGCCAUGUAGUGUGUGUGUGUGUGUGUGUGUGUGUGUGUGUGUGUGUGUGUGUGUGUGUGUGUGUGUGUGUGUGUGUGUGUGUGUGUGUGUGUGUGUGUGUGUGUGUGUGUGUGUGUGUGUGUGUGUGUGUGUGUGGGUCUUUAAGUACCUAUAAAGAGGACCCUUUUAGCUGUAAUGUGACCAUGACAUUAGAGUAUUCAAGCACUGAAACAAAAAGCAAAGGUGACUAAACCCAUAACUUGCCUUUGAUUUCAUAAUAACACAAUAACACCUUAUAGUGCUAUAAGGUGUUAUUGUAGAAACUAAUGAAUACCACACAACAGUGGAACAAAUAAUGAUUUUUAUCUGUUGAUUUUGUUCCAAUGAGCAACACCUGCAGAAGAAUAGGCCCCAAAGCAAAUUACCUAUGUGUCCAGGAUUAAGCUCAUGUGAUUGUAUAAUUUGUUUGCGGUACAAGUUCACAGCCAAAAUUACACCUUGUGCUUCCGUG